AUGAAAUCAUAUGAUCUGUUCCCUGUUGCCAAAAGGGUGGUGAAGGAGGAGAUCUCAGAUGACAAUGCAAAGCUACCUUGCUUCAAUGGAAGAGUGGUGUCCUGGCUGGUCCUGGCUGAAAGCUCCCACUCUGACACAGGCUCCCAGUGCACCGAGAGCCACACUGACCUUCCACCACCCCUUGAGAGAACAGGCGGCAUUGGAGACUCCCGGCCUCCAUCGUUCCACCCAAAUGCUGCCAGCAGCCGGGAUGGCCUGGACAAUGAAACAGGAACAGAGUCAGUGCUUAGCCACCGGCGAGACAGACAUCGGCGGAGAAAUAGAGAAGGGCAUGAGGAUGUCCCUCGGAUCAAUGGCCAUCCGAAACUGGACAGACACCGUGAGCACCCUCCUGGUUAUGACAGCGCUUCCACCAUGAUGAGCAGCGAGCUGGAAUCCAGCAGCUUCAUUGACUCCGAUGAUGAUGAGAACACCAGCAGGUUGAGUAGCUCCACUGAGCAAAGUACUUCGUCCCGGCUCAUACGGAAGCAUAAACGCAGGAGGAGGAAACAAAGGAUGCGGCAGAUUGACAGGUCGUCUUCGUUCAGCAGCAUCACUGAUUCUACCAUGUCCCUAAAUAUCAUCACUGUCACACUCAACAUGGAAAAGUAUAACUUCCUGGGAAUCAGCAUUGUAGGACAGAGCAAUGACCGGGGUGAUGGUGGCAUAUACAUUGGCUCUAUUAUGAAAGGAGGGGCUGUGGCAGCAGAUGGCCGAAUUGAACCAGGAGACAUGCUUCUGCAGGUGAAUGAUGUCAAUUUUGAGAACAUGAGCAAUGAUGAUGCAGUACGGGUUUUACGGGAAAUAGUCUCCAAACCAGGACCUAUCAGCCUAACAGUAGCCAAAUGCUGGGACCCUACUCCCAGGAGUUAUUUCACCAUCCCCAGGGCUGAACCAGUGAGGCCAAUUGACCCUGCAGCGUGGAUCUCUCAUACCACAGCCAUGACGGGAGCGUACCCCCGUUACGAAUUAGAAGAAUCUCCCUUAACUGUGAAGAGUGACAUGGCUACUAUUGUCAAGGUUAUGCAGCUGCCAGACUCGGGCCUGGAAAUCCGGGACAGGAUGUGGUUAAAAAUCACCAUCUCCAAUGCAGUGAUAGGAGCAGAUGUGGUUGACUGGCUUUACACACACGUGGAAGGCUUCAAAGACCGACGGGAGGCUAGAAAAUACGCCAGCAGCAUGUUAAAACAUGGCUACCUCAGGCACACUGUGAACAAAAUCACCUUCUCGGAACAGUGCUACUACGUCUUUGGAGACCUCUGUGGCAAUAUGGCUGCACUGAACCUUAACAAUGGUUCUAGCGGAGCCUCGGAUCAGGAUACCCUUGCUCCACUUCCACAUCCUGCUGCUCCCUGGCCGUUAGGCCAAGGAUACCCGUAUCAGUAUCCUCUGCCCCCUCCGUGUUUUCCACCAGCAUACCAAGACCCAGGCUUUAGCUAUGGUAGUGGCAGUGCAGGCAGCCAGCAAAGCGAAGGAAGCAAAAGCAGCGGCUCGAACCGAAGCAACAGCGAGAACAGCAGGAGAGCUCUUGGCACAGAAAAGGACCGCAAGUCGGCUGGCAGCGGCAGCGAGUCUGACCACACUGCCCGCAGCGGGGCCGGCACCAGCGUCACGCGUCGGGAGAGGCCCGUCAGCCAGCUCAGCCACCGGAGCCCCGUCUCUGCCACCCACACUGAGCUUAAUGUUCACGCAUACCUGCCAACAGCUUUGAGCAAGGACUGUCAGUCCCAGGAGAUGAAUCUGCUGGUAGAGCCCAUCAAUGUCUUCAGCUGGCUGACGUGGACUCUGCCCACAGACUCCAGCAGAGACAAACUAGGAUCGGUGACUGGAACUGACUGA